AUGGCGGAAUCAGACCAGCAGUCAGGAGCCACUCCUGAGGAUGGCACACUUGAGGUCACGACAACCUUUAUGGUUCCCAAGAAAGAAAUUACUAUGGUGCCCGACAUGGGCAAGUGGAAGCGGUCUAAGGCUUAUGCUGACUACAUAGGAUUCAUUUUGACUCUUAAUGAGAGUGUGAAGGGAAAGAAGCUAACCUGUGAAUAUAAAGUUUCUGAGACAGUGGAAAAAUUACUAGAUCUUUUGGGGACUCUGGAACGAUGGAUAAAUGAGACCCCUCCUGUUGACCAGCCAUCUCGCUUUGGUAAUAAAGCCUUCAGAACCUGGUUUGCUCAAUUAGACCAGGAAGCAGAAGCCCUGGUGUCGGCAGUGCUACCCUCCGACAAACAAGCUGCAGCUCCUGAGAUAGCUGUGUAUCUGAAAGAGUCUGUCGGGAACUCCACCAGAAUAGAUUAUGGAACAGGUCAUGAAGCUGCAUUUGCCGCAUUCCUCUGCUGUCUCUGUAAGGUCGGCGCUCUUAAAGUAGAUGAUCAGCUGGCUAUUGUUUUCAAGAUUUUUAACAAGUAUCUCUCAGUGAUGCGAAAGCUUCAGAGAACCUACAGAAUGGAACCAGCUGGAAGCCAAGGUGUAUGGGGCCUUGAUGACUUUCAAUUUCUACCUUUCAUAUGGGGAAGUUCACAAUUUGUCGAUCACCCAACCAUUGAGCCACGGCAUUUUGUUGAUGAGAAGGUGGUAAACGAACAUCAGCAAGACUACAUGUUCCUGGAGUGCAUCAAGUUCAUAAAUGAGAUGAAGACUGGUCCAUUUGCUGAGCACUCCAACCAGCUGUGGAACAUCAGUGCUGUUCCUUCCUGGUCCAAAGUCAACCAGGGUCUGAUUAGAAUGUACAAGGCUGAGUGUUUGGAGAAGUUUCCAGUGAUCCAGCACUUCAAAUUUGGCACCCUGCUGUCGAUCCAGCCAUCAAAACCUUGA